AUGAGCUCGUACUUCGUGAACCCGCUGUACUCCAAGUACAAGGCGGCGGCCGCGGCGGCCGCGGCGGCGGCGGGCGAGGCCAUCAAUCCCACUUACUACGACUGUCACUUCGCGCCCGAGGUCGGCGGCCGCCACGCCGCGGCCGCCGCGGCCGCCGCCGCGGCCCUACAGCUCUAUGGCAACAGCGCCGCGGGCUUCCCGCACGCGCCCCCGCAGGUGCACGCGCACCCGCACGCGCACCCCUCGCCGCCGCCCGCGGGGCCAGGCUGCGGUGGUGGUGGUGGUGGUGGGAGCGGCCGGGGCGCGGGGCAGGACUACUUCCACCCCGGCGGGGGCAGCCCGGCCGCAGCCUACCAGGCCGCCCCCCCGCCGCCGCCGCCUCCCCCCUGCGGCGGGGUGGCCUGUCCCGCCGAGCCCGCGAAGUUUUACGGAUACGAUAACUUACAGAGACAGCCGAUCUUUACGACCCAGCAAGAGGCCGAGCUGGUACACUACCCUGACUGUAAAUCGUCCAGUGGUCAUGUUGGCGAGGACCCAGACCACUUAAAUCAGAGCGCGUCUCCUUCUCAAAUGUUUCCCUGGAUGAGACCACAAGCAGCGCCUGGGAGACGGAGAGGACGACAGACUUACAGUCGUUUCCAAACCCUGGAGCUGGAAAAGGAAUUCCUCUUUAACCCUUAUCUGACCAGAAAGCGAAGAAUCGAGGUUUCCCACGCCCUAGCCCUCACCGAGAGACAGGUGAAAAUUUGGUUCCAGAACAGGAGAAUGAAGUGGAAAAAGGAGAACAACAAAGACAAAUUCCCGGUUUCCCGACAGGAGGCCAAAGACGGGGAAACCAAAAAGGAAGCCCAGGAGCUGAAGGAAGCCGGAGCCGAAGGCCCAACAACUUAACGUCUAUCUUUAAAAAUC